UCUUUAAUUUAUUAAAACUGUGUCAAAGGACUUCGGGCGACACCUGCUGACCAAGUUUGAACAACACACACAGUUCGUCGUGGCAGCGUGCACGUUCACAACGGUGUCACGUUACUGCGGUUGCCUCGCUAUGAGCGCGUACGUACAGUACAGUACGCGUUGUUGCAACUGUGGGUUGCCGGAGAGCACAGCCAUGGGUGUGCUGAGUAAAAUACCACAUAACUGCUACGAAGUCGGGCACACAUGGGACCCGUCAUGCCUUCAGUCUGCCGUGGACGUAACACGGGGAGCCAUGGAGGUUUCCUUUAAAAUAUACGCUCCUCUUUAUCUGAUAGCAGCAAUUCUAAGGAGAAGGAAAAAAGACUACUAUUUAAAUCGACUUCUUCCUGAGAUUCUAACGUCUACCUCUUUCCUCACCGCCAAUGGGGGUCUCUACAUGGCUUUCUUCUGCAUUUUCAGGAAACUGUUAGGAGGAUUCUACUCCUGGUCGUCUGGGUUUGGUCCAGCACUUCCUGCUUCCUUAAUUGCUAUUCUUCUGGAGCGCAAAAGCAGGCGGGGGCUGCUGGCAAUAUACAUGACAAACCUUGCCACAGAGAGUUUGUUCAGAAUGGGUAUUACACGCGGCCUCAUCAAACCAAUUAAACACGGCGAGGUUCUUCUCUUUUGUAUAACUGCCUCAAUCUACAUGUUCUACUUCAGGAGUAGAAAAGGUCUUAAUGGCUUUGCCUUCUCUGCGUUGAAAUUCAUUGUGGGUAAAGAAGAAAUUCUUGCUCAUUCUGGCACAGCAGAACAUGCUUCUGUAAGACCCCCUCUGAGAACGGCAGCGUUAGAGACGGAGGAUUCCCAGAGGUCGGCAGAAAGACUCAGCUCCAGCAGGAGAACACUGGUUGCUAACACCAGGAAACUGCUGGAAACAAUAUGCAAACGUGGUCCGAGACACAGAUGUUGUAAACACUACAAUGACAACUGCAUUUCUUACUGUGCGAAGGGAUUUGUCAGGAUGUUCAGUAUUGGAUAUCUGAUUCAAUGCUGUCUUAAAAUGCCCUCCGCACUCAGACAGAUUUUCACCAAACCUUCGCGCCUCCUCUCUCUCUUGUACAACAAGGAGAACUUCCAGUUAGGAGCCUUUCUGGGAUUUUUUGUCAGCAUAUACAAGGGAACAAGCUGCCUCCUCCGCUGGCUUCGUGACAUUGAUGAUGAACUCCAUGCACUUAUAGCUGGCUUUUUGGCUGGUUUUUCCAUGUUCUUCUACAAAAGCACAACAAUAUCCAUGUAUCUCUUCUCUAAGCUGGUGGAGACCAUGUACUUUAAGGGCAUCGAGGCGGGCCACUUCCCAUACUUCCCUCAUGCAGACGCUCUCAUCUACACCAUCUCCACUGCUAUCUGUUUCCAAGCAGUUGUCAUGGAGGUGCAGAACCUCCGGCCUUCAUACUGGAAGUUCAUGCUGCGUUUAACAAAGGGCAGGUUUGCUCUCAUGAACCGACAGUUGCUAGAUGUGUUUGGAACUGAGUCCUCCAGGGAAUUUAAAGGCUUCGUGCCCGAUCUAGACCCUCAGUACUGUACUGUACUGCCUCCAGGAGCCAAGAUGCUAGUUGGAUGACAUGGGACCAGGUGUGGGGAAGAAGUUUUACGUAGGAAUUACCUCAACACGAAAGUGACUGUAUGCUCUGAAUAACAAGGAUUUUCUCUUUUUUUUAAAAAAAGAUGUUGUUUCAACAGCUCAGACGUAGGUGUGAUGUACUUUGGAAGGAUGUUAAUGUGCAAACCAGGGUGCCAUGACUGUGUGGUUGGUAUUUUUAUACGUGACAUGAAUGAAGAAAUUGACAUUGAAAUCAAAAGGAAGAAGUUCAAGUUAACAAAGAAAAAACACUCUAAUGAUUACUUUACAUUUGUAUUGUACUAGAGUGGAUAUACAGUACGUAUCAGCUACUGUAAGAUUCAUGUUAAAGGACAUAAGGAUGGACUCUGCACAAUAGGUAUCUCUUGAAUUCAUGCCAGCCAUGCCAUUACUCUCCAUAGUCUGUCAAAAUGCAACUCACUAUGCAUCACCUGUGUGUCUAGAAGAGACUUGUGUGGUGCUGGAACAGCAACAUGGACCUUCAUUUUACUGCAAACUCCAGAUGUCGUUUAAUUUGUGAUUAGUGUUUGUGAUACUGCAAUUUUUUUUUUUAAAAUACACGUUCAUUUUUUUUUUUUUUUUACCUGAAUCUAUCUGGCCCAGUUGAAUUCUUUAGAGGAACGUUUGGCCCAACUAAAUGUAUUAAGUAACAGACACAGUGAUGCCAGAGGUGAAAGAAUGUCCAGGUCCAAGUGGAUUUUUUAAAAAAAAAGUAUGAAUAUGGUCAAAUAUAACGCUAUAUAGCCAAAUUAGAUAUUUAUUUUGUAUUAUGUAAUCUGCGAUAUAAAAAUGGUGGGGUUAACUGUGUGGUCAUGUCAUCUGUUGUUCAGGAGGAAUAACCUUGAUGUUAAACUUCACGUUUAAUUUAACGUUUUGAAGGACAGGUUUUAAAGUACAGUCUCAAACAUAUGUUAUACUUUAGUUGUAUAAUAAAGAAAAACAUUACUAGAUCUUAGACAAACUGCUGUAGAUGAGGUGUCUCAUUUUAUGGCUCCUAAAAUCUUCAAAUCUAAGGGUCUGCUCAUUUCUGCGUCAAUGUUUAUUAUCUCCUGAUAAAGAUUUUAAAGUGACCAUAAUAAUCAUGUUUUUUUUUUAUGUAACAGAAUUACAGCGUGAUCUCUGCCAUUACCUCUAUCAUCAAAUUUUAAAUAAUAUUUUAUGUUUAUUUAAACAUAAAAGUUUAUUCUGUUUCUGUUUAACACAAUUUUAUAUUUAUAACUGGGAGACAAACAAUUAUGUAAAAAGCUCAUGUACCAUUUUCAGGUGGACCAAUCAUGACAUUUGUUUUAGAUGUGGAAUUUUAACACAAUUAAAAAAUAAACCUGUUGCAAUUAA